CUCACAUCGUCGUCACUUUCCUUUCUUUGUUCAAAAUAACAAAAGCGAGCGAAUUGUCGCGCGGGGCCUUUCUCGGUGAGCGUACGAGGUUAGGGGAGCUGCUUCCCAACGAAGCAAAGUAGGAGGAGCAGAAGCUACUCGCUGGUUUUCUGUAACUCGUCUUCGCUUUCUCAUGUGAAAUUUCAGGAGUACCUCCUAUGAUCCAUAUAAGAUGUUGGAGGUUAUUCUAAAGAACAUCCUUUCUGCAAUCAAACCAUCGGAAGAGGACUCGUUAACAAGAUUACAUGUCAUUAAUGAAUUCCGAGCUGUGGUUGAAUCUGUGGAAAGUCUGAGAGGUGCAACCGUUGAGCCUUUUGGUUCAUUUGUUUCUCAUCUUUACUCAAAAUGGAGUGACUUGGAUAUCGCUGUUGAGGUUCCCAGUGCUUCCUCUUCUGAAAAAAAAAAAUGGAAGUUGGGCUUAUUAAAGGAUAUACGGCGAGCAUUGCAGAGAAGAGGUGAUGCUUAUAAUUUGCAAUUGAUUGCCAAUGCAAGAGUUCCCGUACUUAUAUAUCAGAGAAACUUCAACCACCAGAAUAUCUCCUGUGAUAUCUCAAUCAAUAAUCUGCCAGGCCAAAUAAAGUCUAAAUUCUUGUUGUGGAUCACUUGGAUAGAUGAUCGCUUUCAUGAUAUGGUUUUACUGGUCAAGGAAUGGGCCAAAGCGCAAAAUAUAAAUGACCCAAAGACUGGAACUUUGAACUCAUACUCCUUAUGUUUGCUUGUUAUCUUCCAUUUUCAGACAUGUGUACCUGCAAUUUUACCACCACUAAUGGAAAUAUAUGCGGGGAAAAUUAUUGAUGAUUUUACAGGUGAGAGGGUCACUGCAGAGAGACGUAUCCAAGAUACAUGCGCUGCAAAUAUAGAAAGGUUUAGUUCACAGAGCCUCCGAAGAGUUAAUAGAAGCUCACUGUCUGAGCUUUUUGUUACAUUCUUUGAGAAGUUUUCUAUAAUCAACUCAAUGGCAUCAGAGUAUGCUAUUUGUACAUAUACAGGGCGUUGGGAGCAAAUUAGUAACAACAGUAAAUGGAUGGGAAAAAGUUACCCCCUUAUAAUUGAAGAUCCAUUGGAGAAGCCAGAUAAUGCAGCCAGGGCUGUUACCAUGACUCAGCUAAUCAAGAUUUCUGCUGCAUUUGAAGUAACCCACCGCAGUCUGAUCUCGGUCAAUCAUGACAAAAAUUCUUUGAUUGCAAAUUUGAUAAGGCCUCAUAUCAGAUCUAAAUUAAUUGGAAGAACAUCACAAGAAAAUCCAAGUUUGCGGCUGGGACGUGACUUGGGGCCUCAACCAGCAACAGCCGCUGCAGUUCCAUCACCAAUCUAUAAUCUGUUCCAGAGAAACCCACGGGAGGUCGGUCCGUCCUUCAUUUUACCGCAUAAUCAGCUCCAGAGAAUGCCACAGGAGGCCCGUCCUUCGAUUAUUUUACCGCAUAAUCAGUUCCAGAGAACGCCCCAGGAGGCCCGUCCUUCCAGCAUUGCUGCCCAGAGAACUGGGCAGGCUGCUAACAGCCGAGUCAGGAUGAUGUGGAAGCCAAGAGAUGUACCAUAAUUCGGACAGAUAAUGGAUGUUAAAUAGGACAGUGGUCAUCAGGUCAUCAGGUCAUCAGGUCAUCUGGUCAUCUGGUCUUGGAGGAAAGAUGGAUGUGCCUUCUGUGUCAGUUAUCUGCUUCACAGAUAAUCCUCUAUGCCAUUGCCAGUCGAUGGAGUUUCUCCUCUUUGGUGUCAAGGUGCUCCGUGAGACUAUUUCCCCUCAUCUGGUAAUUGGCAUUUUGGUUGUGUUUGACAAUGCUAAUUUCUGGCUCAUUGCUGAAUCUGCUGUUUGGCAAGUGUUGAAAUCUCAUUUUUGAUAUGGCAUGGGCAUAAUUUUAAUGCAUGCUUUCACUUGUUAUGCAAUCAUAAUUAUGUAUUAUAUGUUUGAUGCUGGAUUUCGAUUCAAAUGAAGUUAGUUGCCAUUCAUUAACCAAACUGGCAAAUACAUUAGUAA